AAAAGCACCGACGAGUGGCGUUUUCCUCGCGAGACAAACGCGAAGAGGAGAGAAAAAAAAAGGAAGAAGAAGAAGAAAGAAAAGAAAAGAAAAGAAAGGAAGGUGGAGAUAUUUCGAGGAGGAGUGCUUCCCAGCUCAUUCCGCCGAGGUCGUGAGAGCUGCUGAGCGUGGAGAUUUUUUCUUUAAAACUUUUUUGGGUGAUUUGCUGGAAUGGGGGAUCAUGUUGCGGUGGAUGUUGGGGGGCUCAUGGCGUCCCGGGGCGCCGGCGAGGAGGAAACGGGGGCGCUGAUUGGGAUGGUGGAAUGCCGCAUUUGCCAGGAGGAGGACCUCGCCAAGAACCUCGAGAGCCCCUGCGCUUGUAGCGGUAGCCUCAAGUACGCUCAUAGAGAAUGUGUGCAAAGAUGGUGCAAUGAGAAAGGAGACAUAAUCUGUGAAAUCUGCCACGUGUCAUACAAGCCUGGCUAUACUGCCCCACCCCAGGUACAUCAUGAUGAGACUACUAUAGAGAUCAGUAGUGGAGAUUGGUCUAUCUCUGGCAAUCGGUUGGAUUUACAUGAUCCUAGAAUCUUGGCUAUGGCUGCCGCUCAACACCGUUUACUUGAAGAUGAGUAUGAUGAAUAUACUGCAACAAACAACAAUGCUGCUGCCUUUUGCCGCUCCAUAUUUCUAAUUCUAAUGGCUCUUCUACUCUUAAGGCAUACACUAACCAUUACUAGUAGUGAUGAUGAAGAUGACGCAUCUGCUAUUUUCUCGUUGUUUCUUUUGAGGGCUGCUGGAUUUUUGCUGCCAUGCUAUAUCAUGGCUUGGGCUAUUAGUAUCAUGCAACGUCAAAGACAAAGACAGGAAGAAGCAAUGCUUCUACCAACUGAAGUGGCAAUCAUACUCCACCGAAAUGGAAGGACUAUGCAAUUCGCCGUAGCGCCAGAAUCUCCUACCACACCUCAUCCAGAACAAGGGCAAUAGAAUUUGCUGGCAACAGGCAUAUCUUGUGAGUGCAUACAAGAUACCUUGAGCCUUCUACACCCUGACUCUGUGUACACUGCAAGCCGGUUGCACCAGCCACUUUCAAUGGCCAAAUUGCAGCAAAAAAGUGUUGCGUGUCUAUCUCUCGAUUUGCAUAAACUUUGCAGCUAGGCUUGAAUGCUUUUGUGAUUGGCUUUCAGCUUCUUCUGCACAUAAAGAGAUUCCUUUCAAUAAAUGAAUAUAAGCUAAAUUAACAAGAAGAAUUCUUGUUCCAGGGUCACUAGACUUGUUCAUGGCUUCGUGCUGCGACGGGCCAGCUACUGUUCCAACAAAUCCGGAGCUUUUUUUUUUUUCGUCUUGGUCUGUUUACCAAUUCCUUCUGUUUUGAGAACCACAAUUUUCACGUCUGUGGAAGCCUGUAAGCUCUACACACGCAAGCCAUGCUUCAAUUGCAUUGACCCGAAAGCUGAAACAUGAUGGCUGUGUUUGGAA